CACGAGGUUUCGGUUUGGGCCCAGAGAGCGAGCGAGAGAGAGAGACGAUCAAUCCAGAAAAGAUAAAGGUCCAAUCUUUCUUCUUCUUCUGCCACUGUUCUUCUUCCCCGGAUAACCCAAAAUCCAAAAAAGGCUCGAGCUUUAUCGCGAUCUCACCACCAUCUCGUGCCAGUCCGCAUCGAAUGGAUCACCCGCCGAGACCGGAUUCUCUGUCUCUCCUUCAAUCCGCGCGAACCCCAAGUGCAGCCCCGGAGCCCCGCGUUCCCUCCACUUCCAGCAGGGAUGAAGUUGCUGUGCGGAAAAGUCAGAAGGCGGACCGUGAGAAAUUGAGGAGGGAUCGACUGAACGACCAGUUUAUCGAGUUGGGAAAUACGCUAGAUCCUGAUAGGCCAAAAAAUGACAAAGCGACAAUUAUAUCAGAUACUAUACAACUGCUGAAGGAUUUGACCGCUCAGGUGAACCAACUCAAAGCUGAAUAUAGUACGUUCUGUGAAGAAUCUUGUGAGUUGACGCAGGAGAAAAAUGAUCUCAGAGAAGAAAAGGCCUCUCUAAAAUCUGAAAUUGAGAGCCUUAAUGCUCAGUAUCAACAGAGAGCUAGGGCCAUGUAUCCGUGGCCUGUUAUGGAUCACUCAGUGGUUAUGGCCCCACCUUCAUACCCAUAUCCGGUGCCCGUAGCUGUGCCUUCUGGUCCCAUUCCUGUUCAUCCACCUAUUCAGCCUUACCCUUUCUAUGCAACUCCCAAUCCCAGUGUCAUCCCUAACUGCCAUUCGACUUUGCUUCCAUUUGCAACACCUAACAUGCAGGUUGAGCAGUUGUCAGGCCAUUAUGCACCUCCGCUUAUGCAGCUGGGAAAUCAGUCCCUUGUCUCAAGCAUUAAAAAAGACAAAAGCAAGGAGAAGAAGCAUGAAAAGUCUGGUAGUUCAAACGAUGUCUCAACAGACUUGGAGCUAAAGACUCCUGGGUCUGCGACAGACGAUGAUUCAUCAUCACCACAUAGAUCAUCUAUGAAAUCUACGAGGAAGGAUGGUAACACUGCAGAAAGGAGUUCUUCUAGUCAUUGUUCAUCGCCUCGUAGUGUACAAGAUAGCUCUUCCAGUAGCAUAGUUGGUGGCUUGAACUCAAAGGCAAACGAUUAAAUGUUCAGCUGCAGACGUGCCCAUAAAAUGAAAAGCAAGUCUUCACGCAGCUGUCUCAGCAGAGUUCCCUUGGAAUUUCACCCAUUUGUUGCUGUGGAGUUGUCAUCUAAUGCCCCCUAAUCCAAAUGGCGUCAAACACAAACAAGACUCACCACUUAUGCUGUUUAGAGGCAUGUACGCAGAUGCAGUGGCAUUCGAGUAUUGUGUUUUGCAAAGAAGCUUCUGACCUGCAUGUCGAGGACACUACCGAAACGCCAAGUCUUGGUUUGAGCUUCAAUUGUGAAGUUUUCGCUUUGCCGACAUGAGAAAGGGAACAAGGGGCUGGCACCUCAUUGGUAAUGGCAAAUGUAAUGUCUAUGCAAUCAUGCCUUGGCUGGUUUAGCAAUGGCGCUGCACCCGCUUGCUUCGGUGCUGCUGGUUUGUAAAAUGGAUGUCUUUCGAAUUCAAAUUCCAUUUUCGCUUCCUUCUA